AUAUGAUUGUUCAAUGAAGAAGCACGUCUGAUAGGCGUCGACUUACUUCUUCGAGCCAGUUUUUAGGUUUCUGGCUCUUUAUCGGUUGUUUUUCGUGUUAGUGGUGCUUAAUAUUAACCAACAGCCAUGGCGCUCAGCGAUGCAGAUGUUCAAAAACAGAUCAAGCAUAUGAUGGCCUUCAUCGAACAAGAGGCCAAUGAAAAGGCGGAGGAAAUCGAUGCUAAGGCCGAGGAGGAGUUCAACAUCGAAAAGGGUCGUCUGGUGCAGCAGCAGCGACUCAAGAUCAUGGAAUACUACGAGAAGAAAGAGAAACAAGUUGAACUCCAGAAAAAGAUCAACUCAUCGAACAUGCUGAACCAGGCCCGUCUAAAGGUGCUGAAAGUGCGUGAAGACCACGUACGCAACCUUCUUGACGAGGCCCGCAAGCGCCUGGCUGAGGUCCCCAAAGAUCAGAAGAUGUAUGGAGAUCUGCUCGUCACACUUAUUGUGCAAGCACUCUUCCAGCUGAUGGAGCCAGCCGUGACUCUCCGCGUGCGACAGGCAGACAAGAGCCUUGUGGAGUCCAUCCUCGGUAAAGCCCAGGCGGACUACAAGGAGAAGAUUAAGAAGGACACCCUUCUGAAGGUUGACACCGAGACCUUCCUGUCCCCUGACACGUGCGGCGGGAUCGAGCUCGUUGCUGCCAAGGGACGCAUCAAGAUCUGCAACACCCUGGAGUCUCGCCUGGAGUUAAUAGCCCAGCAGCUGCUCCCGGAGAUCCGUACCGCGCUCUUCGGCCGCAACCCUAACCGUAAAUUCACCGACUAAGCUCUUAGCGGUGACCUAUAUUCACACUUGUUACAACUAACAAUUUAUUUAAAAAGUUCAUAAUUUGUAGAACUAUAAUAAUAUUAUAAUAAGUGUUUUCCUUUGCCUAAUUAAUUAUAUCGUAAUAAUGCGUACAAUUUUAUCGCUGUUUAGAAUGUAAUCUGAUGAAUGGUCCCGUUAAGUCGCCAGAAAAUGUACAACUAACAAUGUGUGAUCAUGUGAGUUUCUGAUUUCUGGAUUUAUAGAGGAUAGUUUUUAUUAUAACUGUACGUUAGUUUCGCCAGCUAACUUAAUGACAACACCUAUAUACUGAGCAUAGAAUAUUUUAUUAUAACAAUUCAUUCAUAUAGCAUGAUGUUAUAUGUAUUUUAGAGGACGUAGUUUAUAGGAUUUGGAGACGGUUUAAUUAAGAUGUUACCAUUUACUAGGUCAUGCAAAUAGCCAUAGCUAAUGUCGAUACAGAUCAAAUAACGGACUUCACACCUUUGUCCUUUGCAGUAUUAAUAGAGCACAAUAUUACUCCGCAAUGGUAGAUCGACGUUAUUUCUAUAUGAAAUAUAUAAAUGUAUUUUAAUAAUCUUCCUUCUAUGUAUUAUGGACGUUGUUAUUGAAUGUUUUGGAUAGAUAUUUAUUUUGGCCAUUCAUGUUAUCUUAUGGAAUAAUUGUAGGCUGUAAGGUUGUCGCGUGACGGCAGCAUCCCAUGCUAUGUUCACCUAAAUCGAGGCAAAGAUUUGGCUGCGCGCAGUGUGGUGUCGCGCGGGAACCUUGCAGCUGCCCAAGACAUUCCUACUAUGUUUAUCCUGGCAAUGUAACAUUUUGGCUUGCUUUUGACAGUGGCUAAAAGAGCACCAUAGCUCUUGUUACGUAGGUACUAUAUAUAAUUCCCAUAUAGCACUGUUAAAAUCCUUAUGUAAAUAUAUAGAUGUGUUGAAA